AUGGCAUUUAAAUCCCCAUUUGCUGCGACUGUCGCAAGUCCCGGGAAAGGCGAGGCUGUGCUCUCACUAUUACCUCCAUCUAUCCCGACAUUGACGACUCUGACAUACAAAUAUCCUCUGAAACUUCUGUCUCGUGUCCCAAGCUUUACCCCUGAUAAAGCUCUCGCAGGAAAAGACGCCACAAAACCAGUCCAUCUGUAUCUUUUAACCUAUGGUGGCGGUCUUCUUCCGGGCGAUCACAUUGAUGUAUCGAUUACUCUUGAUCCCCGUGUGCGCUUGGUAGUUACUACACCGCAAGGAAGCACCAAGAUCUACAAAACGGCACCAGAUGGACGACGCUCAAGCAGCAACAAUUCUGUGAUGGACGACGACAUGAGUCGUCAGACGCUUGACGUUCGUAUUGGAAGCCAGGCCGGCCUUUGCUAUCUUGUUGACCCGUCCGCCCCUUUCAAGAAUAGCCGGUAUGAACAGAUCCAGGUGUUUACCAUUGACGGGUCUCAAAAAGGAGAGAAUAGAAGCAGUCUUUGCAUUCUGGAUUGGGUGACCCAGGGUCGAAGCGCGCGUGGAGAAAACUGGGACUUUCAAAUAUGGAAAGGCCGCAAUGAGGUGUGGUCCGAAGAUAAAAUAACUGGCAAAAGACGGUUGUUGUUGCGUGACUCUAUUGUUCUAGACGAUGAAGUGGAUCCCCAAUCGAAAGAAGGUGAUAAAAUCCACGAGUCUGGUGGAUUGAUCCGUGAAAGAACAUAUCCACAUGGCGUUUUUGGUACAUUGAUCCUUUACGGUCCGAUGUUUGAUCAGUUGGGCGCCUUUUUUAUGGAUACAUUUAGCUCGCAGCCACGUAUUGGUGGUCGCAACUGGUCAUCAACAUCGGCUGCAACAGAACCUUCCAAAAACCAAGACAAAGUCACAUGGACUGCGGCUCGUGUUCGGGCAGGAUUUGUUUUAGUGAAGUUCGGGGCCAUGGAUCUCGAAGCUGCUCGAGAGUGGCUUGGAAACGUGAUUCGCAAAGAAGGAAGCAUUGCCCGAGAAUUCGGUGAAGAAGCAUUGUUUUGUCUGUAA